AAAUUUUCCAGAAAUUCUUCGUUUCCAAUUUAAUUUUAUCUCUCUUACUAAAUUAAUUUUUUCUUCAUUUUCGGCAUCCUCCGUUUCGAUCGUAUGUUUGUUUUUAUGCGUGACUGAUUAUUUGUUGUUGCGGGAGUUGAAUUGAUAUGUGUCUGUAUUGCGAUUGUUAGCUCGCUUUAUUUGUGUGAAUGCUGCAAUUAGGGGAAAAAUUGAGUUGCCACUUGCCAAGUUAAAUAUGAUUUUCGUGUGAUGCAGCUGCUCGUGAAUGGCGAUCCGACUACGUUGAGUUAUUGGUUGAAUUGGAGAGUGUUUCUGUGUGCAAUAUGGGUGUUGACACCUAUGGUAAUUGCUUCGUUUCUAAUAUGGAAAUACGACCGUUCAGACAAUUUAAAAAAAUCUGGUGAAGGGAGGAACCAAGACGAGAAUUCUAGUUCUUUGAGAAAUCAAUCCUGGAAACCUUGUCUUAAAGAAGUUCAUCCUCUUUUCUUGAUGUUCUUUCGAAUGAUUGCUUUUUGUCUGCUUUUGGUUGCUGUGAGUUUCGAUGUUGCUAUUCAUGGAUUUGAACUGUUUUACUACUAUACCCAGUGGACUUUUACUUUAGUGACCAUCUAUUUUGGGUUUGGAUCGUUGCUUUCUAUGCAUGGAUGUUUCCACCAUCUCAAAAUAAAUAACAGCCGUAUAUCAAAGGAUACGGAGCAAGGAUUAUACGUCCCCAUAGCAAGUGAAGCGGAUGGAAACGGAGUGAAAUUAUUAGAGAGAUUUUAUCACCCUGGAAAAUCCCAUGCUUUACUACCAGCUGGCUUUUGGGACAAUCUGUUUCAAGCUUUGUUUCAGAUGACAGCUGGGGCAGUAAUUAUCACUGACAUGGUCUACUGGUGUGUGAUAUUCCCAUUUAUAGUACUUAGAGAUUACGAGAUGAAUUUUCUGACAGUUGUUACACACACACUUAACGCCAUCUUGCUCCUCGGGGAUACAGCUUUAAAUAGUCUGGAAUUCCAAUGGUUUGGGAUUUCUUACUUCAUCAUCUUAACGGGUAUCUAUGUCAUCUUCCAGUGGAUUGUUCAUGCAUGCGUUGCAAUGUGGUGGCCAUAUCCUUUUCUUGAUCUGUCAGCACCUCAUGCUCCACUGUGGUAUUUGGUGGUAGCAGCAAUGCAUGUACCGUGCUACGGCAUAUUCCUAUUGGUUUUCAAAGUAAAACAUUUCUUAUUUUCGAGAUGGUUCCCUCACUCGUAUCAAUGUCGCCCGUAACAUACAUUCCUAUUUUCUUGUAUACAAACCUUCAACAAAAUUUCGUCUCGUGACCACAUAUCUAAUAUAUGUGGGUCAACGACAUAUCGGGAUAUAUUAUUUUUGUGACAAUGGAGCUAUUUGGAGAAGAGGAACAUGCCUUUCUGCUUCAGGGAUUCAUCUUUACAUUUUGUGCCUACAGAAAUGUACAAGAGGCAACUAUGAAAAGAGGAUGGCAUCAAAAUUCUGGAAUCUUCAAGGAUUUCGUUCGAAUUAUUAUUCCUGAAAUAAGAAACUUCUAUGCAUAUUGAUUCAUAAUCUCGAAUUCGAUUGAAUUCCGCUGUACUCUCGAACAACAUUUUUAGCAAAAAAAUCAUUCUUGAGUAACA